CUCAUAGUAACUAUACUGAUAGUAUAACUACAUACUCAUUAAUAGAUACCUAUUAGUCGAAUCACCAAGUUGUAUCACCGUUAUAUCACGAUUUACCAGAUAUAAUUACAUCCUAGCUACAUACAAUCUAGUCUCCAGGAGCCAAAGUAGAUAACCAACUGUUUACAAUGCAGCAACCAGGUCACCGCAGGCUCUCGACGCCUACUCAAGAUCUACCUAUCCCUUCUUCUAAUUCAUAUAGGCCCCAUUUCGGAUACCCUCGAAAUCCCCUUCCUCUUCCUGCAGCUUAUGGUUAUCUUCCUCAGCCAAUGUGGCCACAGGAAUACCGCCCUAUGCCAGGAGGUCCUCGAGCCAUACCCUUACGAAUGCAGAGGGCCACUAUGAAUAGGGUCGAAUCACAGCAAAUGCCCAUCCCAUCAUUACAGCUAUCGUCAACCCGGCCUUAUUCAGUCCCUGCCUAUCUAAAUCACCGUACCCGUAGUGAUAGCAACAGUACCUUCACUCCUCAUCCGCCUAGACCAGCCACAUCUUUGGACUUAGACAGCGUUGACAAGUCAGCCCCUUCUCAUACUAUCCUAUUCCCACAACAUGGGGUAGCUCAGAAUCCCGAAAAUGAUCUCCUCCCCCUACACGCCACCCCAGAGGAUACAGAGCUCUUAGAAGGAGCACUCGGAAUUACACGCCCUAUUGCCAACCGUGGUUCCCGAAAACCACGACCCGCGAGCAUUAACACGGCGGAAGGUAGCCAGCAAGAACUAAGUCCAGCCGCUGUCCCAUCUGAGCAACGCACAAUAGAGUUGGUAGAAGGUCGGAAGAGAGCGGCUAGCCAUGUUGACGAAAAAUCCAAUCCCUCGAAGAGGAUUAAAUUCAAUGUGAUUCGAAACCAAUCUCAGACAGCCGGCACCCUUAAGGUGUCCAAGAAAGUGUCUUUAGCGAACACCUUUGACACACAACCAGCUCAGGCUCCUAAAACUAAUUCCACAAACAGCAAUACCAUCAUGGAGAAAGUCAACCAACCCCUCGAAGAAUCCAACGCCAAAAUGACAAUGGCACAAUGUCUAACCACUACAGUAGAUGAUACUGGCCCCAAGCUAGUGUCAAAUGAACUGGCGAAACUCAAGGCAGCAGUUGCUCCUAAGCCUAAUCCAUACGAUAUUAUCAACGAAUCCGACCUAUUUGAAGGUUCUCGAAGCGUCAGAACCUUAGGUGAUGUACAAAGCGCAAGGUACUUUAAGACGACUGAUAUUUCCACUAACGUCGAUACCCUUGGGGUUUCUCGUGUAUCGUCCCGAGGAUUAGCUGUUAACAAUCGAGAUUUAAAUACGGCAUGUAAUCAAUAUACUAGUGUGGCUACUCAAUGUGGCAUAUCCUCCAGCCCCGUACCAAGUGGGAUCCAGGCAGAAUCAGGAAAACUUGCUGGCGAUAGCCAUUCAGACAAUCUACACUGUGGGGCCAUCGUUACUACUGAUGACGAGAAGGUGGGGGAAUGCUGCAGUGAGAACCUAGCCUUUCAGUUUUCAAGAAUCGAGGAAAUGUUAUAUACCCAGAAUAAAGUCGGCAUAGAAAAGUUCAUUAACAUGAAGCUCAACUCAGAAGGUAUCAACGUCUUACAGACCCUCACGAACGAACUACUCUUAGGCCUGGCCGUACGGGACGUCGACUUGCUCAAGCAGAUGGUUAAUAUCGUGUAAGUGCUCUAAUUCACAGAGCUGUGAUAUAGCCAGGUUCUAUAUAAUAAGUGCAAGACAGUCGUCUAUGGGAGAGCAGGUGGGGUUGCUUGCCAAUUGAGCUGCCGGGAUGAAUGAAGCACUCGGCCAGAUGGAAACUGGGAAGAAACAUACUUGAUAUCCUAUUAAUUUUGCAAAUUAUAGCUUUGAAAGGCGAUGAAGCGCAUAGCUCACUUGGUAGCUAAAAAGAAAAGCACUUAAGCUUCUCUCACUAAA